UCCCUCUUGCUUGGCUUCCCUUGCUGUCCUCCAAGUGGUCCUGAAAUCCCAUUUGGGAAAGGUCACCAACCCCAUGGAUGCCCUCUGAACUUCUCUGAACAACAGCUGUUGGAUGCUGCUCUACUUUGAGGAGAUAUCUAUGUAAUUUCCCCAAGAAGGAGUGAAGUUUCUUGGAUCCAGGCCCAAUGGCUCUCUACACACAAGUCAAGGUGGAGGAGGAUGAGAAGGUGGCCAUCCUGGCAGAUGCUAAGGAGGAUAGCGAGGCCUAUCAGGAGACAGCUUUAACGUCAACAAAUAUAACCAAGCCAGUCAUGAAAAAAGACGAAAAUGGAAAUCAAAGGGGACAAAAAAGACAGAGAAGACGGCAACAAAGGAAAAACAACUCCUUUGCUUCUCUGGACCCUGAUUUUCCCAAAUCCCUGGACUUACAUUCGAAACAAUGUCCAGUCUGUGGGAAGAAAUGGAAAUAUAAAUCGCACUUCAAGAUACACUUGAGAGUUCAUACAGGGGAGAAGCCGUACCAGUGCAUGGAAUGUGGGAAGACCUUCAGUCAGAGUGGACCAUUUUAUGCCCAUCAGAAGAACCACCAAGGAGAGAAUCCAUACAGCUCCGUGGAAUGGACAAAGAGCAUCAGUGAUGGUGACUCGGGUGCUGACCAUCAAAAGACCCAAACAGAGGAGAGACCGUACCGAUGCACAGAAUGUGGAAAGGGUUUUAGUAGCAGUGGACAUCUACAUUCACAUCAAAUAACUCACACAGGAGAGAAACCAUAUACGUGUAUGGAAUGUGGGAAAAGCUUCGCUCGUAGUAAUAGUUUACAAGCACACCUAAGAAUUCAUACAGGGGAGAAACCAUAUCAGUGCAUUGAAUGCGGAAACAGUUUUAGUCAGGCUGCACACCUACAUUUACAUGAAAGGACUCACACAGGGGAGAAGCCGUAUACAUGCAUGGAAUGUGGAAAGAGUUUCAGUGGAAGUGGACACCUCCGUUCACACGAAAGAAUCCACACGGGAGAGAAACCCUAUAAAUGCAUGGAGUGUGGAAAGAGUUUCAGUCAGAGUGGAAAUUUGCGCGCACAUCAAAGAACACAUAUAGAGGAGAAACCAUAUCAAUGCAUGGAAUGUGGAAUGAGUUUCAGCGCGAGUGGACAUCUGUGUUCACAUCAGAGAACACACACCGGGGAGAAACCAUAUAAAUGCAUGGAAUGUGGAAAGAGUUUCAGUCAGAGUGGCAAUCUGCGUUCACAUCAAAGGACUCACGUAGAAGACAAACCAUAUAAAUGCAUAGAGUGUGGGAAGAGCUACAGCCAGGGGGGACAUCUGCGAUCACACCAAAGAAAACACACAGGGGAGAAGCCAUAUAAGUGCAUGGAAUGUGAAAAGAGCUUCAGUGAUUAUGGAACGUGUGCUAAACACCAAAGAGCGCACACAGGGGAGAAACCAUACAAAUGCAUGGAAUGUGGAAGGAGGUUCUCUCGUGGGGACAGUUUACGUUCACAUCAACGCAUCCACACAGGGGAAAAACCAUACAACUGCUUGGAAUGUGGAAAGAGCUUUGGUGAUAAUGCCUGUCUACAGUCGCAUGUACGAACCCACACAGGAGAGAAGCCUUACAAAUGUUUGGAGUGCGGAAGUAGUUUUAGUCAGAGUGGAAGCUUACGCUUGCAUCAAAGAACUCAUAUAGAGGAGAGACCAUAUAAAUGCACGGAGUGUGGAAAGGCCUUCUCUCGGAGUCAGUAUUUACGGUUACAUCAAAGAACCCACACAGGAGAGAGACCAUAUCAAUGCCUAGAAUGCGGGAAAAGCUUCAGUCAGAGUGCAACUCUCCAUUCCCAUCAAAAAAUCCAUACAGGGGAGAAACCGUAUAAAUGCGUGGAGUGUGGAAAGAGCUUCUCUCGUGGGGACAGUUUGCUAUCACAUCAAAGAAUCCACACAGGGGAGAAGCCAUAUAAAUGCCAGGAAUGUGGAAAGGGUUUCAACCGAAUGGAUCAUGUACGUUCACAUCAAAAAACCCACAGGCAGGACAAAGGCUCAGUGAAAUCAAUGCAGACUACUUCUGUAGCACUCCCCUGAUUAGUGUGCGGUGGAGUGGGUGGCUUGAGGAAGGUGAAGGGAGAACUGCUGACCACUAUAGAGAAUUAAAAUAUGGUACCUUCACACAGUAAGAGACAUCACACUGGCAACGAAUUUCCGCAUAGUCAAAGCAAUGGUAUUCCCCGUAGUAACCUAUGGAUGUGAGAGCUGGACCAUAAGGACCAUGCUUUUGAACUGUAGUGCUGGAGGAAAAUUCGGAGAGUGCCUUGGACCGCGAGAAGAUCCAACCAGUCCAUACUUCAGGAAAUAAAACCUGACUGCUCACUGGAGGGAAGGCUAUUAGUGUUGCCCUCCAGGACAGGAAAAGCCAUCUGACUUUAAACACCACACUGUUGGAUGGAAAACAAUCCUUUUAUUGAAGAUAAUUAAAAAGGAGUAAGGUAAAAAACACUUUAAAGAAAUAGGAAAUCCAAUUAGGUAGGAAGAUAAGCAGGAACAAAGUAGUCCAGGGUAAUAGUCCAGCAAAAUCCAUAGAAGCAAAGUCAAAACUUC